ACAAUGUUAGGUGGCAGUUUUCAUUAAUUUCGGCCAGCAAAAGUUAUUAACUGUGGCUUUCCCACUCCAUCGUCUUUCAUUAACUUCAACAGCUACCCACUUCUCACUAGCUAGCACAGAAAUUAAACCAUUCCUUCUUAAACCAUUCCUUCUUACAACGUUGUAGAACGAGAGAGAGAGAGAGAGAGAGAGAGAGAGAGAGAACAAAGAUCGCAAACAUGGUGAUGGCUAAACCCGGAGUUGCCGCCAUCAUGGUGGCUGCGGCCUUGUUCUUUAGUGCAUUUUAUAACGUGUCUGCGCAGGGACCGGGACCGGGACCAAGUCAGGGUCCGGCUCAGGCUGAGGCACCGUCAGGACUUGGGGAGGGACCGGCUCCAUCAGCAACUAGUGGGUGCUUCGACAUCCUGCUGAACAUGUCGGACUGUCUAACGUAUGUGGAGGAUGGAAGCAAGACAACAAAGCCGGACAAAGGUUGCUGCCCUGAGCUGGCUGGAUUGGUGGAUAGCCACCCAAUCUGCCUCUGCCAGCUGCUUGCUACCAACACCACCGAAAGCUUCGGGAUCAAGAUUAAUCUCAAAAGGGCUCUCAAUCUUCCUUCUGUUUGUGGUGUUCCAACCCCUCCUGUAAGCACUUGCUCAGUUGUGGGAAUAGCCGUGCCCCCUAUUGGGGUUCCAACUUCCAGUGAGGAUUCACUCUCAACAGGGUCUCAACCUUCAGGACCCCCGUCAACCGGAAACAAUGGCAAUGGAGCUUCAAGCAUCUUAGGAUCUGCUACACCUUUUACUGUUGGCUUGGUGAUUGCCUUUCUUCCAACGUUGUUCUGAUCUUAUGUUAUGUGAUUCAAUUGCAUUUUUAGACAUUGUACCCAGAUUUAUUUAUUAGACAUGUGUUAUUAAAGUGCAUCUUUUGUUUACUAGCAAAUAAAAUAACAGAGAGGACUUCCAAUUUA